AUGGAAGAUUUCGUUUCUCCAACUCAUUCUAUCUAAAUGCAUGACAAAUUUGUCACCAGAUUAGAAAAGCUCCAGAAGCUUUUUGAUACCAGUGUGCAAAGAAAUGAUAAAUAACAUAUCAUUAUAUAAUAAUUGAACAUUACAGUGCAGGAUUGGGCUGAUAUUUAGUCAUCCUACAAAGAAUUAGAGAAGGCACACAACGAGUUCAAUAUUACCAACAUUGGAAAAUAAAAAAAGAUGGAUUAAACCGAAUUAGAUUUGCUAAGGACUAUUGUUGGAUUGUAUUGUAAUGUUCAUAAUCUUCAGCCUCUUUCAAUGGUAUUCAGUAAAUGUAAUAUUUAGAAUGUUUAUGAUUGGGACUAAGUAGGGCAGAUACUAUUCAAUAGACAUUGGAAGGUUUGCAGAAGUAAAUGGAUCGAGAGUCAGGCUACUUCAAUAGUAGAUCAUCCUUGGACUCGAGAAGAGGAUUCAGUUUUGAGUCAACUCCACAAUAAGUACACAGAACAGAAUAGAUGCAAUAAAUGGAGUUUGAUAGCCAUGGAAAUGAGCAAGAUAUGCAAGUCAUCCCAUGUGAGAUUGGGUAAAUAGUGUCGAGAAAGAUGGAUAAAUAAAUUAAAUCCAUAAGUGGAGAGGUAUAAUUAUUUUUAAUGUUUUUCUAGGGGUCCAUGGUACAAAGAGGAUGAAAUUAAAUUGUUGGUUGCUGUUCUACAUUAUGGAAAGAGAUGGUCUUAAAUUUCAAGAAUAGAUUUUGAUAAUCUGAGAACUGAGAAUUGCUUGAAAAAUAGAUUUCAUACAAUUAUUAAAAGAGAAUCUACUAGAUUUGAAUAGAAGUCAACGCAAUCAAAGAAUUAAAUUUAUCCAAAGUUAAACCUUGAAGAGGAACAACGAUUAAUAGAACAAAUAAUUCAAGAGUUGAGAGAAGAAUCCUUACUAUAACAGCAGUCUGUUUAAAGUGAUAAACUUGAAUAAAAGUUUAAACUUACAUAGACAGACUAGCUUCUCGAUUUACUCAACAGUAACUGCUAUAUUGCUAUAAUUAAGAAGCAGAAACUCAAUGUAUUAUGUUGA